UCCUUUUACUUCCACUUUGUCCACAGAAAGUUUCUGUAGCUCAUGCAUUAAAUGGCUGAGACAGCAGCUGUAAUAUCAAGAGAAGAAGAGGAGAUCCAAAACAGCAGUGAUGAUGAAGACCUAUUUCCGACUCAUGAUGCUGUAUCAGCAUCCCCUGGUUUCUCUGCCAGCCCUUCUCUAGACAGCCUUGAUGAAGACAAGGGAAGCUCAGCAGUGCCAGAAAGAUUGUCUGUCCUCUCCAGCAGGGCAGUGGCCCAGCUAAAAGCCCUGACUGGCCCAGAGAUGGGUAGUGGUGGCCGGGCACAGAGGACAGCCCCUGGGCUGGCUGAGCAUCCUCUGGCAGCUGUAAAUGCAUUGUUAGGUUCCUCCUCGUGUCCUGCAGCAGCUGAUAACCUGCUGCCUGUGGACCUUGCUUCCCUGCAUGCCAAAAGUGGAGGCAAAUUGCGUUCAGAGGUGCUGCAGGCCCCAAGGGUGCUUGGUGAGGCCGGCGAGGCUGUGCAGGCUGGGACUGACGCGCAGCAGGCAGCGAGCGGCAUCGAGGGCAACGCGGCCUCUUGCGGUUUGGGCCGUGUGGUUUGGAUGAAGGCCACAACAGUAUUGGAGACCUUAGAAAAUAAGAAAAAGGAGGAAAAGGAGAAGUACCGGCUCCAGCUAGCUAUGUACCGACGCCUGCUGCUGCUGCGCUCCAUCAGGAGUUUGCACAGGCAGCUGGAGCAGCAGCAGGCCAGGCUGCAGGAAUGCUAUGGCACGGUGAUAAAUACAAAGAAAGAAGUGUUGAAACACAUUUGCUCAACCUCGCCCUCACCUUUGCCAUAAUCGUGUUGCUGCCUGCAGAAAUGAGCUUUGCAAUGCCACCAGAGCCCCCAGUAAGCUUGCAUGCCAUAGGGGUGGUGUCCUCGUGUGCGCCAAGCAGAGAGGAAACAGCAGCAGCAGAUCAAGAAGAGAGAAGACAAGGCACAGCAUUGGCCACUGAAUUUAUCUGGAGGAAAAGAAAAGAAGGGUGAACUUGUACAAGAAGCUGAGUCCUGAUGCCUGCCCAUUCAAAGCCUCAAGGUGAAAAAGGAUUUUUUUCAGCAAAUAGGUUUGUAAAAAGAAAAAAUCACCACAAACUGGGAACAUACUCUGUCACCUGAUGCAUAAAGGUGGCUGGAUGCAAGGCUGCUGCCUGCUGAAUAUGUGAUAUGGCACAUCUCCCUUCUACUUUCAGAGCCAACAAAAUUUGAACAGAAUUACGGUUUGUCUGCAAGAAUACCUGAAUUUAAAAAAAAACCCAGGAUAUUUGAAACACUUAGGCUCAGGCUUGAUUAUAUCUACCUAACUCCCUGUUUUUCACAAAUCUGCUAAGGACACUGUAUGUUUGCAACAUCUACUUUCUUUUAAAUUUUUUGUCAGAUUAAUCAGAAAUUAUUGUGGGAAGGUAGGGCAGCCAAGCACACAUAGGGAAAGAGUGCAAAUGCCUAAGCCUGAUUUCCUCAGGAAAGUAAGCUAAAUACAAAGGCCUUGUAGUCUGAUGUUGCACUGGAAACUCAGGCUGGCAGUGCCAGGGGAAUGUUCAAGGUCUGCACAAUUAUUAAUCUGCUGCUAAUUCCCAGUGGCACUAGCAUCUGCAAAUCAAGCAUAUUUUGUGCCUUACUGCUGUCAUUUAAUGGAAGUUGGUGACAAUUAGCACUUUUUAUCCAGGUGUAUUAGACAUGUGGAAAACCCUGGAGCGCUGUUUCUCCAAUUGCAAGGUUAGGAUGCCUGCAGGGAAUUUGAUGUCAGUAUGCAACAAACAUGCAGGGAAAAAGGAAAACAAAAAGAUGCAACUUUUUGUAUGCAUUUAAAAGGCAAUGUGAGUCACUAUUAUUGAACAGCAAAUUAAAUAGUUGAAUGUCCUGUUUUAGGAUCAGAUUCCAGAAGAAAAGAUACAGAAAAGUUUACUAUUCUAGGAUUUCAAGGGAUACGGAAAAAUUGUAUUUUUUUCAGAUAUUUAUUUCUGAUCAUACCAGCUUUCCUUUCCCCAUUGUUUUUUGGGUUUUAUAAUAUAAUAGAUUAACUAGAUGGACAAUCCAACAGCUUCAGGUGUGGGGGUUUUUUUCUGCAUAAAAAGACAUCCUAUCUGCAUGAGAAUAAUGUGCUAUAUAUAGGAAAAUUUUUAUUCUCACUUUUUUUUUGGUGCAUAUACGGAGAGGGGUAUGUGUGUGUUGGUGUAUGCAUGCACACACACCUCCUUAUAUUCAAGAGGUUGUGAAAGGCUGGUGCUUCUUUUUCUCUAGCAGAAGCAGGAAUAAUCUCUCAAAAUAAUCUCUGCUGUCUACGAGGAGUUUGGUUGAUUAGAUUCACAUGCACACAUCUGUGAGCAAGGUAUUGAAGUAAUUCAACAAAUGAAGUGCAGCACAACAUUGUCAUUAUUCCGUCUUUGUAUUUCUGCGCACCCAAAAUUAUGGAAGCCCCCUGGGUAUGCACAACCUUAGAUAGGUUCAUUCAUUUCCUUGGGCCCUUGUGUAGCCUCUCAUGCAGCACAAACCAGUAACUUUGAAUGCAGAAUUACCAUAGAAACAUCCUUGGAAUCAAGGAGAUAUUUGAAGGAGCAUCCUCUACUGCCUCAUUUGGGGAAUUCAGGUUGCCAGAGGCCUUUAGUGGGCUACAGAAGAGAGCUGGUGGCCGCAUGUGACUGGGAAACAUUACUCCUGAGCUCUGAUCCUGUCUAGCUCUCUGCUCAACCUUGGGAAAGCUGUUCUCUCAGCAAUGCAGGUUUCCUAAAGAAUGCUUAAAUACUAAACUUGCCUCUAAGGUAAUCUGUUCUUUCUUCACGUGCCUCUCAAGAAGGAUUCAAGGAGUUGAUCAUGGCCAAUAGGGCCCUGUAAAGAUUUUUAUAUCCCCUCUCUGUACUUCUUGAACUGGAAAAGCCAUUUUGUCAUUGGUUAAGAGUAACUGUUAUGUGAUGAGCAAACCACUACGAUGUCACAUGCUUUGGGGAAAGAUGUCUUAGAGAAGGGUCACAUCUUAAAAAUAUGGCUGCAUUUUGAAACCAAAUGUCAAAUGGUUUCCAUUAGAAAGAGAGUCAAAAUGGAUAUUGCUGUUAAUGUUAGCAGACUUUUGCAGUGAAAAAGAAUUAGAUUUUGAAAUGUAUUCAGGUUGACUAAUACUAUCAUGUAACUUUCCACUGAAAUAAAAUAGAUCAAUGAAUAUACAACAUGCCUCCCCCCCAAACUACUAAAAAUUCUUGUUAAAACAAAGUAAUUGUUUUUCCUCUGUGGCUGCUGAAGUACAGCACUGUCCUGCAUUUGCUGCAAGAGUGCCUUGCAUUACUGCAUAGAGCUACCUAUAUUGUCAUAUUUGCAUUAAAGAGUGACUAGAAUAAGAUUAAGAAAUACUUUUCACAUAACAACCAGUGCAGAAAUAGUUAGUCUGUCAAUCUGUCCAACGGUAAAUUCUUUGUGGCAGAAUGGUGAUAAUAUUUGUUUUGUACAACAUCUCAUAAAAUUUCUUGAUCCUAACUGGGAUUAGUAGAUGCUUCUGCAUUAUGAAUAUUAAAUACCAAAAGAUUUGUGCAUGAGCAAUGCUGUCUGAUAGCUGGCAGGAAAAUGAAGCUGAGAGUUAUUCUGUGUGUGCACACUCUUGCCAUGUAGUACUUCUAUGGAUACAUGAAAAAUAAAUAUUAACUGAGGAAAUAACAUCAGAUUUUGCAAGAAUUUUUUUAGCUGGUGUUUCUGGUGUGAUUACUAAUAAGUGCAGUUAGACA